CCUCAAACAACAAGGGAAAUCUUUUAUGACGAAUUACAACAAGUAGUAGAUCAAGUUAGAGGGAAGAUGAUAAUUACUGGGGGAUUUUAACGUUCGUAUAGGUAACCAAGUAAUACCCGGAAUUAAGCAAACAAUGAAAAUGUUAAAAACGAAAAUGGAGAACUGAUGAUAAACUUCUGCACGAAUGACGAACUUCAGUGAAUCCAACUUUUAUCAUUGCCUCCCGGCUGCCAUAUUGAUUUGAUUAUGACAGCCAAUCGAAAUGCCUAUUGAUUUUGCCUGUCAGUCAUCUGUCAUCUGUCUAAUGUAAAAUAUUUAAACUGUAGUUUUUCGUUUCAGAGAAUUUCUUUUUCUUUUUAAAAAUUAUUAUUAUAAUGGAAGUAAAACAAGAAAUUAGCGAGGAAACGUGUAAAAUAGAAAUAGAGCAUAACGACCUGGAUGAGGCUCUUCUGGAUGGCGUUAAACGUGAAAUUAAGGAAGAAUCCAUUGGACAAAGUGCACAUAGCACAACGUUAGACUUGCCCAUAAAGACUGAAAUAGAACAACAUGGAAAUAAACUUAACCCAUUUGAAGAAAACCAAAAAACUGAACAAGAUUAUCUCCAAGAGAACAAGAUAGAAAUUAGGGGGAUACUAACGGAGCAUUCAUCUCACGAAGCAAGUGAUAUUAAUCCACAUGCUGAAGGACGCACAUUAGACAAAAAUGUGAAAGUUGUGACUGGAAAAAGACUUCACAAGUGUGAAAUUUGUUUUAAGCAGUUUAUUAAAGCAAGUAAUUUGAAACUACAUUUGAGAGUGCACACUGGAGAAAAACCUUAUCAGUGUGAAAUUUGUUUUAAGCAAUUUAAUCAAGCAAAUAAUUUGAAAAUACAUUUGAGAGUACACACUGGAGAAAAACCUUAUCAGUGUGAAAUUUGUUUAAAACAGUUUGCUACAAAAGUUCCAUUGACUGGUCAUAUUAAACUUCACACCGGAGAAACACCUCACAAGUGUGCCAUUUGUUUUAAGCAGUUUAUUACAGCAAGUAAUUUGAAAGUCCAUUUGAGAGUGCAUACUGGAGAAACACCUCACAAGUGUGCCAUUUGUUUUAAGCAGUUUUUUACAGCAAGUAAUUUGAAAGUACAUUUUAGAGUGCACACUGGAGAAAAACCUUAUCAGUGUGAAAUUUGUUUAAAACAGUUUACAACAAAAGUUCAGUUGACUAGUCAUAUGAAAGUUCACACCGGAGAAACACCUCACAAGUGUGAAAUUUGUUUUGCGCAAUUUAGUCAAUCACGUCAUUUAAAAAGACAUUUGACAGUGCAUACUGAAGAAACACCUUAUCAAUGUGAAAUUUGUUUUAAGCAAUUUCGUGAAUUAGGUACUUUAAAAACACAUCUGAGAGUCCACACUGGAGAAACAUUUCACAAGUGUGAAAUUUGUUUUAAGCAGUUUACUACAGCAGGUAGUUUAAAGAGACAUUUGAGCGUGCAUACUGGAGAAACACCUUACAAGUGUGAAAUUUGUUUUACGCAAUUUAGUCAAGCACGUCAUUUAAAAGUACAUUUGAGAGUGCAUACUAGUGAAAAACCUAACAAGUGUGAAAUUUGUUUUAAGCGAUUUCGUGAAUUAGGUACUUUAAAAAUACAUUUGAGAGUACACACUGGAGAAACACCUUAUCAAUGUGAAAUUUGUUUUAAGCGAUUUAAUCAAACAGGUAGUUUAAAGAGACAUUUGAGAGUGCAUACUGGAGAAAAACCUCACAAGUGUAAAAUUUGUUUUAAACAAUUUAAUCAAGAAGAUACUUUUAAAAGGCAUUUGAGAGUCCACGCUGGAGAAACACCUUACCAGUGUGAAAUUUGUUUAAAAUACUUUGCUCAAAAAUGACAUUUAACUGAACACAUAAAAGUUCACACUAGAAAAAAACCUCACAAGUGUGGAAUUUGUUUUAAGAAGUUUAUUACAGCAAGUAAAUUGAAAAUACAUUUGAGAGUGCACACUGGAGAAAAACCUUAUCAGUGUGAAAUUUGUUUAAAACACUUUUCGCAAGCAAGUCAUUUAAAAAGACAUUUGCGAAUACACGCUUGAUAGUGCAGUCACUGAAGGUUUUCACCUCCGAUUACGUUGAACCUCCAGCGAUUUUCAUGAAAAUUGGUGAGUAGUUAGAGGAUACCUCAAGGAAUAAAGGUGACCAGGAUACCAGUUAACCAAUAAUAUAGAUGAAAAAUCAGCAGUUAGAAAUGAAGCCAAGGUAUUGCAUAAUAAAUUGGAUACCCUUGAAACAGCUCUAUUGACACUGAUUUGGGCACAAAUUUUGGAACGAGUGAAUGCAACAAGCAAAACGUUAGAAACUGUGGACUUAAACGUGUCAAUUGGAGUAGAAUUAUUGGCAUCUCUUUUGAGCUUUGUUGGAGACGUAAGAAAUGAGUUUAGCGAAAUUGAACAAGAAGCGAAAACUUUCUUUUGCGAAGGCGAGGAUAUCUCAAUCUCAUACAUCUACUAUACAGCAGACCUUCAAAGACCAAAGGAAAGAAAAAUAUUUUUCGAUGAAGCAGGUGAAAAUGAAACAAUUAUUUUAAAGGGACAAGAGAGAUUCAGAAUCGAAGUAUUUAAUUUUAUAUGCGACAAUAUUACUCAAGAUCUUUUAAAGAGAAUCGAAUGCUAUAUGUAACAUGAAAUAUAAAAAAGAUGUUGAUGAAACAAAAGAGAACUUGCAUAAUGAAAUUACCCAUUUUGUGACGUUAUGCCAAAAUUUGAAUAAACAUACAAUUUAUGAAAAAUUUGAUGUCAUCCAGGAUGUAAAGGCAACUUUUCCCAAUAUUUUAACUUUACAGCAAAUUUAUUUGACGGCACAAAUUUCUAAGGCAUCAGGCGAGCGGUCUUUUUUGGCGUUAAAAAUAAUAAAAACAUAUAUUUAAAGUCAAAUUUGGGCAAGAAAAGCUAGACACAUUAUCACUAUUGUAUGAAUGAAGAACUGGAGAAAAAAAGUGAUAUAAUUUUUGUCUUUAUGUAUUUUUUAGAAGGUGUUUUUUUGUUUGUCAUGUCAACUUUCUGUUUUCUAUUUGUUUUGAAAUGUAUUCUUUGGAUUAUUUUUUACGUUUCCUAAUCUUCUUCCUUGUUUAAAAAUGCAUGUGUUUUCUUGUUAAAAAACUGACAGUGAAUAGCAAUGAAGGGGGCCCGUAAACCUCCAGCGCUCAGGGCUCGAAGUUAGGUGUUAAACCGGCAAUGAUCAUAAAGUUAAAAUUUGUUUAAAGUUUCUCUUAAAUUGAAUUUAUUUGCACGUAUAUGCAAGUUUAUCGCGAAGUGUUUAUUUUAGAAGAUUUUCCUUGUCAAAGUAACGUUUCUACAACAAAGAGUAGAACAUAAAAGCGAUGUAAUGGGAAUGUAAAAUAGUGCUUUUGAAAAAUAGACACAUGUUUGUUUUUUCAAAUUUGUUUUAUCAAGCAACAAAAUGUUUAUUUUAUAUUUUACAUCUAUUGUAAUAUUUUUUAUCCAAUUUGUAUAUAUAAUAAAAAUUUCAUAAACUAUUCCAUUUCGAAUUGCAUUUUAGAUUUUUAUCUUUAUGCCCUUUUCCCUAUUCUUUUAUUUCUUUCUUGUUCCUAGUUAGUACAAGUUAAAAUAAUGAUCUUGUUAAGAAAAGGAUUGUGGAUCGGAUUAAUCAACGGCUUAUGUUUCAACGUACUUUAUUGCCUACAAACUACAUGCUAACUUCUCUAUAUCUAACUACGCUACAUUACACGACGCUUCUCCAUUGCUUGCGAUGUUCGAUGUGAUCUUCAUAUGUCUCUCAGUCUCUCUACCGACUACCAAAAACGCAUGCGCGACCCUAACACUGCGUGCUACACGUUCACUGUACACACUACCAAAUUCUACACACAAACCUACAAUAUAAGAUGUAAUUCCUAACAGAUCUGAUUAAUUAUGAUAGGCGAGCGAAUGUCGAAAUCUUUUUGCGUUUCAUAUCAAUAGCCAUUAGAUUACCCCCGGUUGGGGUUGAAAGUAAAGACAGCUCACAUGAUCAAGUUAAAAAAUUCUGUAUCUCUUUCCAUUCUAGAGAUAAACGCGGAAGUCAGGUUCAGUUCUGAUUUUGGCGGUGUACAUUAUUAUGCGACCAUUUGGAUCACACCGGAAUGCUUAGCAUUUCUGGACUACUAACGCCUUUUCAUUUCAUAUAUUUUUGUUGUCUCGAUUCCUUGUGCUUAAUGUCCUCCAUACACUAGUUAUCGAAUCAUUCUCUUUUUGUUUUGUUUUUUGUGCAUAUCACCUUUUCUGUUGCGUUAAUUACUUGUGCCUUGAUUUCUUUGCAAUAUAUUCUUCGCUUCGUUAGCCAUUUUUAGUUUUCUGUUCACCGGUCCACGAUUUGAACUCACACGAACUAGAGCAUAUCGAAGCGAAGUGAGGUGGACCAUUUGCCCGCGUGGCUAAAGGCUGUAUGACACUAUACAUUUUCUUGUAUCAUUUCUAAUAUCGUUUCUGAUAUGUCAAAAAAAUGCAUAGUGUCAUACACAGAUACAAGAAACGAUAUCAGAAACGAUACAAGAAUUUGAGUCAGACACAGAUUCUUGUACAAGAACUGCGCCAAUUUCUGCGCAAAGAGCAAAAACGUAAAACCUGCUGGUAAAACAUCUAAAAUGUCAUAAUUACUUACUCAUAAUGGCGGCUGAAAUGAAAAUGGGAUCAUAUAUUGAUGAAUUUAUUUGUGUUUUUGUAGGUAUUAUUUAUAAAUCUUUUAUUGAUACUUAAUAUACCGUUUGAUGGACUACUGUUCUACUAAUAACCAUAUAUUUAGCUCCUAGUAAGGUUCAAACUAUAAAUUUAGGUUUCAUGGUGCAUAAUUUUUUAAUAGACGAAAAUACAAUAGUUCCUAAUUUGGAUCAAACUGAAGAUAAUUCUAAUGAAAAUAUUUUAGCACAAAUAUCAAAACAAAAUAGAAACACAAAUAAUCAACCUCAAACAGUCAACGUAAAAUUCUGGUUAACAUUAAAAUGUUAAUUAAAAGUUUAUAAAUUUUAUAAAAUCCUUAAAAUCAGCUGUAGAUGCAGUACUACCAUAACGUGACACAGGGUGACAAACAAAAUUUCGACCAAUCACGUGCCGAAUUUCAUACAAUUUUCGAUACAAGAACUUGCAUAGUGUCAUACAGGGCACAAAUGUACGUACAAGAAAUGAUACAAGAAACGAUAUCAGAAACGAUAUUAGAAAUGAUACAAGAAAAUGCAUAGUGUCAUACAGCCUUAACUGAUCGACCUGCUUGGUAUAUUUUGACAAUAAUUGUUCUGUUGUUUGUACCUUUUUAUUCUUUCAGUUUCUCUACAUUGUCAUUUACCUUUAAUUUGAAUAUCAUAUUUCUUUAAUUUUUCAUUCAUUUUCCCUUGUACUCAAAUGCGUAUUACAUUCAGUUUAUACGCGUAUAUUCAUACACAAGUGUGAAAUUUGUUUUAAGCAGUUUAGUCAAGCAGGUGCUUUAAAAAAAAUUUAAGAGUACACACUGGAGAAAAUGAGAAAAACCUUAUCAGUGUGAAAUUUGUUUAAAGCACUUUGCUCAAAAACUUCAUUUAACUGAUCACACGAAAGUUCACACCGGAGAAAAAACCGGAUCUACGCAAUUUGAAAUCCCAUUUGACAGUUAUUCCUGCUAGUGAAAUCCCAUACAAGAAAUGAUCAUAAAGUUUCUCUUAAAUUGAAUGUAUCUGCAUAUACAGGGUGAGUGGGGAGGAACGCAUAAGACUGUAUAAUAUACGUAAAAAUAGUUAAAAAUAACUAAUAUGUUGUUAUUCGAUUUGUAUAUUUCAACACAACGAGAAACCGUCCAUGUACCGAUCACCGUCCUGCGCAGUACCAUAUGGAACGUAUUAUUUGUUCCAACACAACGAAGAACCGUCAUGUAACCAUCACGUGCGUUACUAUAUAAUUAACGUUCCAUGGGAACGAAAUAAUACGUUCCAUGGUACUGCGCAGGACGGUGUUGGAACAAACCUUAUAAGGAAUGUUAACAGUUUUUUGGUGCAUUAUUAAAUUAAUAUAGAUUAAUAUUAUACAAUCAGAAUUGCUAGAAUUCUGCUAAUAAUCUCCUAAGUAAUUUUUAGAUAUCAUAAGAAUUAAACCUUUAUUGGUGUUUAUCUUAAUAUGUAUAAAAUGUGUCAUUCCUUGUUUUCCCCCUGUGCUCUUCGUUUGUAUAAAACGUAUUUUUUAAUGUUUAAGUGACUGCAAAAUUAAAUAAAUGAAAUGUGGUAUAUAUCCUGUGCACAGAAUGUAUAUUGUUAUGCAAAAUAUUCCGACCACCUCAUAAUUUUUAAAAGCAAUUAUUAUAAAAUAAAUUCACCUACUUAGUUUAAAGUUUUUAUUUAAUUGUUAAUAUUGUAAUUGGUAAUAUUAGGUUUGUUCCAACACGACCGAGAACCGUCACGAAACGGUAACGCUUCUGCGCAGUAAACAAAAUCCGUUCCAACAAAAAUAUGAUCGUCAUCGGAUCGUCCUUCCCACUGUUCCAACAAGAAUUGUGAUCUUUCGGUGACGGUUUCGUGAUGAUCAUUUCAGUAAUCGGGCAAAUGCAUAAUGUGCUGGUUGGACUGACUUGCGCACUAGGAUUUAAUUAUUUAAAGUUUUUGAGCCUUUAAUCGACUAAAAGCACACAAGCUGUCACCAACAAAAAUGACAAAUAUAUGAUUACCGUCAUGGGACGAUAACUGGGCGAUACAAUUACGAACAUGCGCACAACAAACGGUACAAGUAGUUUCGUGACGGUUUCUGGACCGUCCAAAAGUUCAUGUUGGAACAAAUCUAUUGUUAUCUGUUGAGAAAAUAUAUCGAUAGCUUAAUAUCAAAGCAUUGUAAGAGACAACUGGAGCAGAUUAUUACUAUGAUUAUUUGCAAAGGGAUGGUUUUGUGCUUAGCAACGGAUUCGGUAAAAUUUAUUUAUUAUCACUUUUGUUCAACAUUUGAAUUUAUUAUUAAAAUUCCCAAUUUUAAAAAAUUAUUUUUGCAAAACAAUUAUUGUCACCUGAUGUUAAUAGGUUUGUUCCAACACGACCAAGAAACGUCAGAUUAUCGUGAUCAUUCAUGGACGGUUUCUGGGUCGUGUUGGAACAAACCUUUAUGAUCUUUGGUAAUGAAAAAUUUACAACAGCAUGAAGGAUUUCAUUUAAAUUUUGAAUUUUAGUGUGAAUGUGGAGAAAAUGCCUUCAAAGUUUAUUCUGCUGCUAUAAAAAUUAUGUGUAAUAUUGUUUUAAAUAAUUAUACAAAAAUAACAGCCAUCAAAAUAAUGAAUCUUCAGAAAAGUAUAAAAGAAAAAUAACGAUAAGGGCGAUAACAAAAAAGAAAGUUAUCUACUCUUAAACCCCAACAAUGCACAUCAAACAUUGUGAGCAAUUGUUUUUAUACCUAGUUAUUUUUAGUGAUAUUUUGUAUAUAAUUUAAAAUAAGAUAUUAUUUAUUUAAAAUAAAGUAUUUUACACAUAUUCUUGUCAUUGUUUGUUUUUUUGAUAACGAUACUUGCAAGGAAUUACUUUUAAUUUGAUUUUGUAAAAGCUUCUAAUUAAUAUAUUUUCCUGUUCGACUCAAAAAAUACUAUAAAUUUUAGUUGAAUUUGUACUUUAAAAUUGUGGUUUUGAAAGCGGUAGCCCGAAAGUCAGACUACCGACGUCAUCAAUUGCGACGCUGCAUUUUUCUCUUCAUGGCUUGUAAAGUAAAGGUGGCUGUGACACUGCCUUAAGUUUGA